AUGACUGCCCAGCAGGAACAGAAGCUGCCUAUCAUAUUCGACUACCAUUUUGACCAAAGCAGACUAACUAGUCGUUAUGAGUUUUGUGGGUACGAAUUGAACAUCACUCGGGAUUUUAGCAAAAACCUUGGCAUACCAGCAGUCAUCUGGGAACCUGGCCGUGUUCUCUGUCAAUUCUUUGAGAAAGAGCAGAUUAACUUUACUGGAAAGAAAGUGAUUGAAUUGGGGGCAGGCACUGGCAUCGUGGGAAUUCUAGCCAUCCUGCUUGGGGGAGAUGUCACGUUGACCGACGAACCGAUCGUUCUAAGUCAGAUCCAACACAACGUCUCCAACAAUAUUCCAGCAGCCAGCCUACACCGUUCAGAAGUCGCUGCACUUUCCUGGGGGAAAGACAAUGAUCAGUUCCCUUCAGAUUAUGACUACAUCCUUGGCUCGGACAUUGUCUACAAAUUCUAUGAGUUCCACUUACUGAUAAAUACCCUGCUACACCUAAGCAACCCAAAUACCAUCAUUUACUUUUCGACCAAAAUGCGUCAGGAGAUGGGAGCCAUUACAUUUCACGAAAACCUCAUCCCACAGCAUUUUAAUUCCGAAAUCGUUCAUAGAGUCUCGGAGAAAGAUAUCAAUGUGUACAAAAUAACAAAAAAAUGUUCGAUCAUAUAA